AAAUGUAUGAAAUAAUAAUGUCUGCCUUUUUAAUAUAACUCUAUGUCGCCUGUCAAUGAAUCUGAACACUAAACUAAAAAUUCUAAUAGAUAGACUUAAUCCAGAGCAGAUUAAGUCAUUUCAAUUAUCAAAUAAAAAUAAACAAGUACAAGGUAUAGCCAAAAAUACUGAUGUAAAAAGUAUUGAUAUAAAAUUGAAAGAUGUUGACAAUAAUGAUGUUGAUUGCAAGAUCACCAAAAGGUUGGAUAGCUUUGAAUUAAGUGUCAAAAAUGAUGAUGAAGAUAAUGUUACAAAUAAUUAUAAAAAUGACAAAGUUAUUUCGACAAAUAUAGACUCCUCGCUAAGUGCGAAAAGAAGUGUUGACGAAAUUUUAGCAAUGCCCGACAGCAUUCCAUCCAAGCACAGUUCUAGUCUCAAAACGACAUUCAAUGGCUUCAAUUACCUGAAAUACAGUUACAAAGGUGGCGCUACUUAUUACAAGUGUUGCAGUAAAAAAUGCCCGGGAAGAGGGAUAUUGGUUGGCGAUUAUUUCACGCCUACCCAUGAUCACAGAGCCAUUUGUAAAGCGACAAACGGUUCCCCCAAGACGUCAGCAUCUGUUACAAGAUCGGCGGAUGAAUACAACUAUUUCCGGAAUAUUCGACUUAGAAAACGAGUUUCACAAUUAUUAGAGGUUAACUCAAACAAGCUCGAUCCACAGUCUCAGUUAAUGCCCAUCAAGCAAGAAUCGCCAAUUCGAAAUGAAAGAUUAAAUCUUAGGGCUUUUACCCAAAAUUGCAAAAGAUCCAAGAAAUAUGAAGCGUUCAAAGACUUUGUGAUUAAUGAAGAAGAGGACGAAGUGGGGGUUGACGAUGAUGACAGUCCUGAUUUCCUCGGGGAUACUGGAGACUUCCUGCGCAAGAGAGGCCGUAAAUAUAUGAAGCCAUUCAUACGAAGGAUUAAUUCAGUGACAGAGGACAAGACUGAAAAUAAGAUAGACCCAUUUUCUUGGAAAAAUCAAGUAGCCGUCCAAAAGGAUUAUAUAACCAAAAUCAGAUCUAUGAUGAAUAAUGCCAUGACGCAACAAUUUUUGUCCUCACCGUCACCUUUUGAUAAAGAUGAAUCGAACGGGACAAAUACCUCAAAAGCCGUUUACGUUCUCCCAAAACUGGAAUGGAAGGAUACCCGCAACAAAAACCCCCUAAGCGCUUUGGGCAGUAUAGUUAACGGAGUUCCUAUUAGGGAUAGUACAACCUUUUUCGGACCACCAGCUAUAUCCAAUCCAGCUCCAACUGUACCGAGAGCUUCGAAUCAACCACCAGCCAUCCUUUAUACAACUCCCACCUACAAAUCACCCAAAACCAAUCCCCUUAGCCAUCUAUUCUCCAUCGCUCGGAAACCCUCUCUUAAACACGAGGGCCGCACUUUCGUCGUCAUAACCGACCCCAGCCUGCCCAUCAAUCAAAAUAACAACCUUUACAAGUGCGACUAUCCUGGUUGCGAGGCUCAGGGAUUGGGCCAGGAGCACAUGUUUAACAUUGUAAAACCGCACUCAGCCGAGUGCCAAAAGGUCUACAGAGCCAGGGAGAAGAUGAAGAAGGAGAAAUACUACAAGGAUACGUCCCUGCAUGUCAAGCCCACCGACCUCAAGAACAACCUUAUCCAGGACCUCAUAGGGGUGGUCAGAAAUAUCGAUUACAACGUUAGCAUGACGUCCUCUAACACUGCCACUCUCAAGGCCGGUUGCAUGAUGUCUAAUACCUCCGCUCAAUCCAUUUACGUGAACGAACCUUCGUUGAAUGGCUUGAAUUCGGAAACCUUAGCUUCUAAAAUAGCUUCGAUACUCAACGCUCCCAUCAGGCUUGGCCCAGAAUAUCAAGAUCUUGGCGAUGAUUGGGUUGAUAUCGAUGCCCUGACAUAUGGAUCGCCUAACUAUCUCACGACCCAAACGGGCAAAACGAUUCCCUUCUUCGAUGGAUACAUGUACCGGAAGUUAAAUAAAGACGGGUCUCUCACGCUUUGCACUUGCCGCAAAGCGUCUUGCACAGGCAAAGGCUUCAUCGAUGCAGACGGUUUCUUUACUGUCACGAGUGGCCACAGGCACGACCGAUUGGAUCUCAACCAAGCUCAAACGCUCUUGGAUGAUCAGGUGUUGCAGAAUGCCAGGGCUAGGAAGCAAAUAAAGUUGGCCAGAAAUCACAGAGGUGAACCUAUUAACCCUCACGACCCGAACGCGACAUUCGAGGACCCUGAACUUAGCUUUAUCCCCUCUUUGAUAGGCUCCCUUAUGCCUUACUAUAAGGGCUAUCUUUACGUGGCCAAUCAAAAAUUGAGCGGGAUGACCUACUUGCGCUGCAGGCGGAAUCACUGUCCUUCCAGAGCUAUGAUAACCCCUCAGGGCGCUUUCAAGUUUUCGCAGCACGCUAAACCCCACAACCACGAGCCUGACCGGCAUGACUAUUUAGCCCUGGAAACGAGGCAGAAAAUCAGAGAAGCUCUCUUAGCCCAGCCCGAAAAGCACCCCAGACAAGUGUAUUGCCAGGUCAUAGGCCAGAGAAUUCUGGAGAUAGAAGCCGACGAGAUCCAAGAGCUGCAACGCAUGAAAGAAUUGCGCAGAAAAUACGACAUAAAUCUCGGGGACAUGGCCCCGGACGAUACCGAUACCGUUUGCGAGGAUGUGACCCAGAAGUAUUACAAGGCCUUUCCCACUUAUAACGCCCUGGAGAGGUUCAUAACGCGGAUAACCAAGGCGGGCAAACAAAAUAACGCUGGCGGUUCGUCCCUCAACGAUACCUUUGUCAACGAGAUGAUUCUCUGAUUUUAAUUCGCAUCACGUGAUAACACACUCCUCCCGCUAUUAGGAUUAAUUAUUUUGUGUUAGGGAUAAUUAUUAUAAAAUACAACCCUUAAAUAUUAUAUUU